GGAGGCCAUGUGGUUGGGUGAGGAGAGCCCCGAGGCACUGAUGGAGCUGCUGAACGACCGGCACAGCCCCUGGGCCCCGCAGCCGGGCUGCAGCCCCCAGGACCAGCGCCUGCGCGAAAUGGCCGUGCUGACGCCUGAGCUCGUCUGUGGCUCCAACAUCUUCCAGGCCUUCAGGUCCCUGCGGAUCGUUGGCAAAAGAGUGGAGGAGGUCGAUGAGGGUCUGUUGCAGUUAAGGCAGCUGGAGGAGCUCAUCCUCAGUGCCAACCAGAUCAGCAGGAUAACCUCAGCCAACCUGCCCCGGGCGCUGAAGGUCCUGGAGCUCUGCUGCAACGCUGUGGCUGAUCUGCAGGACCUGUGUGCUCAGCCUCCUCCAGAGCUGCAGCACUUGGGGCUGGGAUACAACAGGCUGUGCGGCCCUUUGCAGGACAAGCACCUCACUGCGGAUUUCUGGCCAAAUCUUGUCUCCCUUGACCUGAGCUUUAACAACUUCACAGAUCUGCUGGGCCUGGUCUCCCAACUGUCCAGUCUGCAGAAGCUCCGUGUCCUGGUGCUCCAGGGGAACCCACUGGCUCUCAUUCCCACUUACAGAGGCUUCCUCGUGGACAGCCUGCCUAAGCUCUCCAUCCUCGAUGACAUCCACAUAGGGCCUGACGAGAGGCACCAGUUCCAUGGUUUGGCGAGGCAGUCAGAGCUGAUCAGGAGUGAAGCACGAGUGGUUGUGAGUGUUGGGGAGAUCAAGGGAGUCCCUGAUCCCAGCACUCUUCAGCAGCUGGAGGUUGGCUCUGAGGCUCCGGUGAUUACCUACAGCUACUGUGUGACAUAUGAGUUUGCGGAGGGAGAUGAGAUCGAGAACGAUGGCAGCGCUGAGGUAACAAAAAUCCAUCAGAGUCCCAUGGUGGCCACCCUGGAUGUGGACAGCUCUGCUCAGGACACGAGGGCAGUAGAGGGCCAGUGGGAGCCUGCAGCCAUGGAGAAGCCGAAGGCCCACUCUGCAAAAGUGUUUGUCACCCCUGGAAAGCCCUGGGCAGACACCAUCAACUGCAGCUACAGGAAGGAGCACACUGUCAAGGACUUAGUGGGACUGAAGUCCUACCUGAUGUCUGGAACAACUGUCUCGGUCACAGAGGAGAAGGUGAGUGUGUGGCAGAGCUGCAUGAAAGAGGAAAGAGCUGCCAAGAGGCCCAGCAGUGGUAUUGUUUUCCCUCUGGGAGGCAGCCUGGGAUGCUGGUGAUCC